AUGGCUCUUCCACCUUCUUCAGCACCCUCCAAUAUGACCUCCUUCCCUGUCGCCUCUUCUUCAAGGACGAACGGUCACACACACGCAUAUCCUUUCCCUCAAGAAGAAACGGAGCUUGAUGUUAUACCAACAAGAGCUGGUAGAAAAUUGUGCGUGAGGCAUAAGCAAAUGGCUAACCAGAACGUCAAUGAGAAAUUGCAACGAUCUCUUGAUAAUCUCAAUCAAUCAGAAAGAGCAGCAAUAACCUCAAUGUGGUCAACUUUCUCCAAUGCACCGCAUGGGAAAAGAAAGCUUAUAUUGGAAGGUAUUCUCACAAUGUGCUGCUUCUCUCAACUUUCACAUCUUUCCGACUCGCUGAACCAAAUCAUCCGUAUUGAUCCCUUCUCCCUUCUUCCCCGAGAAACCUCACUUCGUAUUCUUGGUUAUCUUGACGCUUUCUCCCUUGGUCGAGCAGCACAAGUCAGCAAAUCCUGGAAAGCUCUUGCCGACGACGAUCUACUCUGGAGGAGAAUGUGUGGACAACAUAUUGAUCGAAAAUGCGAGAAAUGCGGUUGGGGAUUACCGCUGUUAGAGAGAAAACGUUUAAGAGUGGAAUUGAUCGAUCGUAGUCCUGCUACAUUGGUAGAACACGAUCAUGAACAUGAACAUGAUCACGAUCACAACCACAACCACAAUCAUGAUCAUCCAGGACCGUCUCGAGUCGUCACCCGGAAUGAUGUCCUAUCAGGAAACGCAGAGGGUUUUGGAGCUGUAGGAUUGAAAUCUUGCGAUAUGCCAGCAAACAACAUCCCCCCUUCUUUCGGGAGUAAACGAAGCGCUCCCUCAACACCGGAAGUAUCAAUCUCGAAGAAACCUAAAGUGAAAGAUAGCGAUACGGAGGAGGAGAUCUUAGCACACGCGACAACAAAUGGUCAUCUCACAAGGGAAUCUAGGUUGACGAGACCUUGGAAGACUGUUUAUUGUGAAAGAUUAAUGGUAGAAAGGAAUUGGAGAAAAGGAAGGUUCAAUCACAGACUGUUAAGAGGUCAUACCGAUGGUGUAAUGUGUCUUCAAUAUCACACCGCCCUUACCAACCCCUCAUACCCUGUCCUUAUCACAGGUUCUUAUGACCGAACUGUGAAAGUGUGGAACCUUGAUACUGGUGAAGAAGUUCGAACGCUAACAGGCCACACUCGAGCUGUUCGAGCUCUUCAAUUCGAUCAAAUGCUCCUUUUUACUGGUGCCAUGGACGGUACAGUACGAAUGUGGAACUGGAGAGCUGGAGAAUGUUUGCGGGUUAUGGAUGGUCAUACCGACGGUGUCAUCUGUUUGAAUUAUAACGGCUAUCUACUCGCAUCCGGAUCUGCCGACACAACAAUUCAAGUGUGGAAUUUCAGAUCAGGCAAUAAAUUCGUUCUCAGAGGACACGAGGAAUGGGUCAACAGCGUUGUAUUAUGGGACGGUAAAUCUUCACCCUCAGAUAUCGAUCCUACCUUGCCCCCAAGCUUCACUCAAGCUGUUUCCAGCCGUUGCUCGAAAGCCAAAUCACCAGGCUUGGCCGGCGAUAAUGAACCAUACCCUCCUAACAUCGACGUCGGAGCGAUGCUUUUCUCUUCUUCCGAUGAUGGCACAAUCAAGCUCUGGGAUCUUACCGAGGCGACCUGUAUCAGGACUUUCGACGGUCAUAAAGCGCAAGUACAAAGCAUCAAAAUCUUGAUGGUCGAUAUGUCUGAAGAGGAAAUCGCUGCUCGAGACAGAAAACAAAGAAGACAAAUUACUCCUCCAUCCAACUCAUCUUUCUCAUCAGGAAACCAAUAUGGCUCACCACCACAUUCAUCAAUUGAUGUAACCUCUCUCGAUGCGCCGGAAGGCUUUGAUCCGGUUGAACAUCGCGGUCGAGCCCGAGAUGUCGCCAUCAAGCCCAGGGUCUACGUCCAUUCACCCGACGGAGGAAAGAAGGGACCUGAAAGAGAUAGAUCGAGAGGAAGGGAGAAGAAAGCCAUUCUUGCCAGUGGAUCUCUGGAUGGUACAGUCAAGGUGUGGGAUGUCGACAGUGGAAAAGAACAGUCAACAUUAUUUGGACAUAUCGAAGGCGUCUGGUCGGUUGAUAUCGACGCGUUGAGGUUGGCCUCUGCUUCCCAUGAUCGAACAAUCAAGGUAUGGGAUAGAGAAUCGGGUCAAUGCGUUCAAACUCUGGUUGGACAUAGAGGAGCAGUAACUUCCCUUCAAUUGAGUGACGAUAUGAUCGUGUCUGGAUCAGAUGAUGGUGAUGUCAUGAUAUGGAACUUUGCGCCAAAUUCCAGUGGUUCCAAUUCCAACAAUAACGGUACCACCACCAACGGCAAUUCAACUCCACAACAAGGAAACAUCACUCCUAUACUAGAGUAA